AUGGUUAGAGCAGCAGCAAGACUUCGUGAGAAAUUGGCAAAAAUGAAUGCGAAAAGAAGGGAGGAAUUUGAACGCAUUACGAAAGAGCAGCGUAAGGGUGAAGAAUUUAAUGCGAUAACUUUUGACUCAACAGAAGGACAGUAUAUGAUGCAGCAGCAGAGUAAAGGUGGAAACUUAACUGUGUCUCCCAGCGGUGGAGUUGCAACUUCUUGGAGAUUUUAUUGCCGAUUUUACGAACAACUGAACGGUUCUAGAACUUGCCGUAUAUUGCAUAAUUUAGAGAUCGAGAUGGACAACAAUGGAGAACCAGCUGCUAAUAACAAUUCAAGUGUACCGGCUGCAGAGAAAUGGCUUCAGACGUUUAGUUGGUUGCAGACAUUUGCUCUUCGUGUUAUGCUCUUCUCAGAAAGUAUCUUCUUUUUGGGUCUACUUGUGGCAGAACACCACCACCCUUCACCUAGUUGCCUUGCAGGAAGUGAUCAAAUUGAUGAAAUGUUUGGCAAAGGAUUUGUGUCAAUGUUCUUACUUACUCUUGCCGCCGUUGUGCUGAACACGAAGCAACGCAUCAGAGGAUUAUCAGCAUUGCAGCUGGCACGUUUGAGAUCGAAGCUCAACUAUAGAUACUUCCUAUGCACUAUUGGUAUCAUAUCAGGAGUCACAUUUACAGGUUUUGCCAUGAUGGACGGCGCUCAGAUCCUUUUUGGCUUGUGGAGAUGCCGUGCACCAUCUACCAUUACUUUUAUGGUUCUGUCUGGCUUCUUCACAGUGGUUGCCGAUGGUUAUUUACUUGUUUCUAUCUAUUAUGUGAUUUCCACCCAGUAGGAGCUUCACAAUUAUCUUGUUGGAUUGUUUAUUUCAUAGAUGUUUAUUAACCGAGUGUAAUAGCUAGUGACUCUCUGGUGAAUCCUGGUUAUAUCUGACAAUGGAUGUUUAAAUCUAAUCUGACUUAAAUUGCUGGUUUCUACUGA